AUGAGCUCCCAAGAAGUAUCCAAAAAACAAUCUCAGGAAGUGGACAAUUCCCAGUCAGGCGCAUGGCAGACAACCAAGGAGACUGUAUCGUCAGCGACCGCGAGUCUUGGAGGGGCAUUUAAUUUCUCGGGUGGACUCAAUGCAAACGCGGGCACAUAUAACAAGAAGACGACUACGUCGAGUGCUGGUGGACAGAAGAUGAGCAAGGCGGAGACUGAUCAGGCGUACGAGGAACGUAUGGCGGAUGAGUAUGCAAAGCGGGAGGGUGGUGCUUAG